GAGGGGAUGAAGACAGGGACUUGGCCUUUGUUACUAAUGCGAAACAAUGAGUUUUUAGGUCGGGAGUACGCGGAAAGCUACCUUGUCUGUGGGUGAUAAUGGUCCGGAGAAUUGGUGUAGGUCGACCCAGAUGCCUCCUUGCUUUACUACCCUUCUGAGUACUUUGUUUUUUUCCCUUGUCACCUUAAAUAUAAUUUUUACCAAACUUUUUUCCAGAGAGAGGCUAGCAACUGGGGUCAGAACCUGGAUUCUUAACUUUGGAGAAGUUGCAAACUCCUUUCAAAAUCUAAUAAUAGCUACAAAGGUAGUAACAGACGUGGAUGGAAUCCCUCCAGCCAGAGAUACUCCAGUGUUAUCCAGCCGUCCAGCUUCUCCAAAUCCACACCAUGGGGGGGCAGCAGAGAUCAAGAAAAGCCAUCUUUCAGUUCUUCGGAUUCUGGAGCUUCAAAUAGCAGGAACAGGGGGUUUGGACUAUCCCAGAAUCCGUUUGCUUCACCCAGCUCUGAUGAGCAGAAAGAUGAAAAGAAACUUCUAGAAGGAAUUAUAAAAGAUAUGGAAGUUUGGGAGUCAUCAGGGCAGUGGAUGUUUUCUGUUUAUUCGCCAGUGAAAAAGAAGCCUAAUAUUUCAGGUUUUACAGACAUUUCACCAGAGGAAUUGAGGCUUGAAUACCAUAACUACUUAACCAGCAAUAACUUACAGAGUUAUCUAAAUUCCCUCCAACAGUUAAUAAAUCAGUGGAGAAACAGAGUAAAUGAACUGAAAAAUCUAAAUACAUCAGCUAACAUAGCUUCGCUCUCAGAUGUAAAGGGUGGAGUAAAUCAAGCAGCAGCUACAUUUGGAUUUGGCAGUAUGCAAGGAAUAGCAUUUGGGCCACCAGGUUUUCCAGUGCAUAACAGCAGCAGUGCUAAUGCUCAGAAUUUUAGUUUUAAACCAAGCUCUGGAUUUGCCUCUGCCGCUUCUGGAAGUCCUUCUGUGUUUGGGAAUACUCCAGCGUUUGGAGCCGCACCCCCUGCCAGUUCUGCCAUCACUACUUCCACUCCAACAUUUGGAUUUGGGAAACCUGCAAUCACAUCUCCUGCUUCAUUUUCUUUUAAAAGUCCUGCAGCUUCUGGUUUUGGAUCACCUGGAUUUUCAGGAUUUCCAGCUCCCAUGACAGCAGGCUCUGUUGGAGCCCCAGCCUUUGGAAGUGGCAAUUCUGUGGCUGGUUUUGGUAAUCUAGGCUCACAUUCUCACAGUGCUUUUUCCAAGUCAUCCAGUGACACCUUUGGAAAUAGCAGCAUAUCCACCUCUUUACCAGUCUCAAAUGGCAGCAUCACAACAGAUAAUGUGUUAUUCACACCCAAGGAUCAACUAACAGCAGAAGAACUGGAGCAGUUUCAAUCCAAGAAAUUUACUCUGGGAAAAAUUCCAUUAAAGCCACCACCUGUGGAACUUCUAAAUAUUUGAAAGGACAAUUUUAAAUACAGAAAAGAACAGCUCUUAAAGUUGUUUUGAGUGGUUCAUAUAUAAUUUCUCUGAGUGGUUCAAAUAUAUACGUAUAUAUGUACAUAUAUACGUUUAAGGAAUAUAAGCUUUCAAUAGUAACUUCAGGGGUUUUGAAAUUCAAUAUUUUUUUCAUAAAAAAUACUCGAGGUUUUUUUUUUUACUUUAAUUAUGAAUGGAACUGGAAAAACUGUCAGUGUGCACUGAAUAAAGUGCUUUUCUCAUUCUACGUCACUUUACUGUCAUACCCUUUAAAGGUUUACCUGUAAACAUUUUUUUUUUAGGAAGGAGAUCUUUCCUAAAGCCAUUAGGGGAAAAAAUGCUUAAAUAUGUAGCUUAUUUACCAAAUAAACAUCAGUAGCAUCACUUUCCUUAA